GAAGUUCUCGCGAAAGGACCAAUCUUGGAUUGGACGAACGAAGGAAAACUUCACGAGCGUUUCCUAGAAUGGAAAAAGAAGGUGUCGAUUUUAUGCAGAGGUCUUGUAAUGACCAAGGCAGACCCGGAGUUUGUUUGUCUAUGCAUUUAUCAGUGGUCCGGUGAACGCGCACAAAAUAUUUUUGACAAGGCAACAAUUUUAUCCGAUGAUCGCAGGAAAUGGGAGAUACAUCUCAGAAAGGUGGAAGAGCAAUGCAAACCCAGCGGGACCAAACUAGUCGCGGCCACACAGUACAAAGUACUCACUCAAGUUGAUAUGGAAUUACCAGAGUACAUCGAAAAGUGCAGGCAAAUCACUGAUGCAUGGGGAUGA